AUGGUGACAUUAAUAGAAGAGUGCAAUGCCUUAAUUCAAAAGAAAUUGCCUUCAAAACUAGAGGAUCCAAGCAGCUUCUCGAUCCCAUGCGAAAUUGGCACCACGAGCUUCGAAAGAGCUUUAUGUGAUCUUGGUGAAAGUGUUAUCUUAAUGCCUUUAUCGGUGUGCAAGAAACUAGACAUGGGUGAGUUGAAGCCGACAAAAGUUUUCUUGCAAUUAGCGGACAGAUCUAUCAAACACCCAAUAGGUAUUCUUGAAGAUAUCCUAAUCAAAGUUGGUAAGUUCUUUAUACCCACUGAUUUUGUAGUCCUAGAAAUGGAAGAAGAUAUGCAAAUUCCGAUCAUCCUUGGGAGACCUUUCUUGGCUACUACAGGGUCACUUAUUGAUAUAAAAAAUGGCAAACUUUAUUUAACUGUUAGGGAAGAAAAAGUAGAAUUUGAUUUGGCUAAUUUUUUUAAGUGUUCUUUUGUUGAGAGUUCUUGUUGUACGGUUGAUUUACUUGAACAAGCUAUCAAAAGGAAGUUACCGAAACACUUCUCCAAAGAUCCACUCCAGCUGUGUUUGGCACAAGAUAACCUAGAGGAUGAUGAAGAUGGUGAGAUUAGAGAUUAUGUGCAGCUACUAUAG